AUGCCGACUUCGAGCUGCCUUUGCAACUCUGCAAUGGCACGUCCGUGGAGGAGUGUGAUCCGGGUAUGCCGGAGAAACUGUGCAACGCGAGGUACGUGUGCGACGCGAAGUCCUGCUCCAUGUGCCGUCGUAUGGAGAAUCGGUGCGCGAAGGAUGCCAGAUGCAGAGCUUGAGCAAAUCGAUGAGACGACUUACAGGCCACAGGAGCUUGCAGGAAAGCGGUUUGGGGAGGGCCAUGGGAGUUUGUGGAAAGCGGCUUUGGGUUCGUCGUGGGGAAGUGUCGUCGACUACGCAGCUUAUGGCAAAGCGGUGCGUCGCGGGGAGCGUCGUGGGACGGUGCGUGGCCACGGGAAAAUGGUUUGGGAUGAAGAGAUUGGUCGGCGGAGCCUGUCGGAAAGCGGCUCGGGGCUUGUCGCGGGGAUUAUCGCGGGAUGGUGUUAG